CUAACUCUUUAUCUCCAUUUCUCUCCCUAUCUCUGUCACUUUCCUACUCCCCUAACUCCUUCCUAUCCUCAUUCCUAUCUCCACAGACCAACUCCAUUGGCAACACAUACUUCUAAACAUUCAUCUUCUCUCAACCAUAUUCUUCUCAGCCACCCUACAAACCAACCAACCAACCAAUCACUCAUCGAUUCGAACAUGAGUACCAUGUCUGAUCCAUUUGAUUUCUUCUCUCGACGAUGCGUGUGGGUGCAUGGCCCGAUCAUCGUCGGAGCCGGCCCGUCCGGCUUAGCGGUCGGUGCAUGCCUGAAGGAGCAAGGUGUUCCUUUCGUGAUCCUCGAACGGUCGGACUGCAUUGCCUCCCUCUGGCAGAAGCGAACCUACGACCGCCUGAAGAUCCACCUCCCCAAGCAAUUCUGUCAGCUGCCAAAGCUCCCCUUCCCUGAGGACUACCCUGAGUACCCCUCCAAGGAGGAGUUCAUACGCUACUUGGAGUCAUAUGCUAAGCACUUCAACAUCAACCCAAGAUUCAACCAGUCAGUGCAGUCUGCGAGGUACGACGAGACAUGCAGGUUGUGGCGUGUAAGGACUGUCGGGACCGGCGCUGAGGCCGGAAACUGGAACGCCGAGGUGGAGUACAUUGGCCGGUGGCUGGUGGUGGCUACCGGGGAGAAUGCUGAAAAAGUAGUCCCUGAGAUGGAGGGACUUGCACAGUUUGGUGGCGAUGUCACGCAUGUCUGCGACUACAAGUCCGGCGACAUCUACCGGGGGAAGCGGGUAUUGGUAGUUGGAUGUGGCAACUCCGGCAUGGAGGUCUGUGUCGACCUCUGUGACCAUGAUGCCUUCCCAUCAAUGGUUGUUCGUGAUUCGGUUCAUGUACUGCCGAGAGAGGUUCUCGGGAAAUCGACGUUCGAGCUGGCUGUUUUCCUACUGAAAUGGCUGCCGUUGUGGCUGGUGGACAGGAUUCUACUGGUGUUAGCAUGGCUGGUUCUUGGGAACGUCGAGAAGUAUGGCUUGAAGAGGCCUUCCACUGGUCCUCUGGAGCUCAAGAACACACAGGGGAGGACCCCUGUCUUGGAUAUCGGCACCCUGAGCAAGAUAAGGUCUGGUGAUAUAACGGUGGUUCCUGGGGUCAAGAGGUUUAUGCCAAGUAAAGUUGAGCUUGUUGAUGGCCAGGUCCUCGACGUCGAUUCAGUUAUCUUCGCUACUGGAUACCGAAGCAAUGUUCCUCGAUGGCUUCAGGGAACCGAUUUCUUCUCUAAAGAUGGAUACCCAAAAGUACCAUUUCCAAAUGGGUGGAAAGGGAACUCAGGGCUCUAUGCUGUUGGAUUCACAAGGAGAGGGCUCUCUGGGGCCUCCUCAGAUGCUGUGAGGAUAGCAAAGGACAUUGCCAGGGUCUGGAAAGAGGAAACAAAGCCAGCGAAGGGGCUCACUGCUUGUCAUAGGAGAUGCAUGUCACAGAUCUGAUGACAUCCCCUUCCUUAUCCCCACUUUUUCUUUGUUCAUCUUUAAUUUUGUAUCCUUUCCUCUUUUCUUUUGCUGGUGAGACUGAUUGUAGAGUAGUGUGAAAUAGACCAAAAGAAAGUGCAGAGCCCUCUCUCAA